AUGCCUGGCAAGGUAGCAUCCAAGAAAGGCGAGAAGAAGGCGGCGGCCGUCAAGUCCAAGCCCACGGGGGAGAAGAAGAGGAGAAAGAACCGCAAAGAGAGCUAUUCCAUCUACAUCUACAAGGUCCUGAAGCAGGUUCACCCCGACACGGGCAUCUCCAGCAAGGCCAUGAGCAUCAUGAACUCGUUCGUCAACGACAUCUUCGAGCGGAUCGCCACCGAGGCUUCCCGACUGGCUCACUACAACAAGAAACACACGAUCACCAGCCGCGAGAUCCAGACGGCCGUCCGUCUCCACUUGCCCGGAGAACUGAGCAAGCACGCCGUCAGUGAAGGGACCAAGGCUGUGACCAAGUACACCAGCAGCAAGUAA